GAUGGAAUGAGAGUGCGAGAGAGAGUGGGUGAGAGAGAGAGAGAGAGAGAAAGAGAGACAGAGAGGAAGUUUAAACCAAGAGCUAUGUUUUGGGACAAGCUAAUCUGCCAGAGAGCAGUGUGAGGAUCGGAGCGCAUUGUGUGAGCGAGUGUGCGGGGGACAGAUAAGGGAACAAGCCCGCCAGCCCGACUGCUUGUUUUAAUGUGCUGACUCUAGGGAGAUAAAAAAAAUACUCUUCAGUUGUGUGCCGAGACCCUGGGCACAAGCUCCACAUCCACCAGAGGUGUACCAAAGCAGGGGAAAAGGGGACAAAAAUCUGACACAAAAGAAAUUAGAGGAUUUUUUCCCAUUUUUUAAUUGAUUAAUUUUUUCUUUCUUUUUUCCUGGGACUGACUCUCAUUUCCAGUAGAAAGAGGGAGAAAAUCACUGAAGGGGAACCCUUAGAAAAUAAGAAAAGGACAAGAGAAAGCAUUGACUACAAGAUGUUCGAAAUCAGCCGAACACUCAACGCUGCUUUGUUGAGCAAUGAGCAUCUCAAGAUGAUGGUGAGGUACCCCCAGCUCUCGGGACUAGCCACUGCUGACGGCUCCGUCCCUGAGAGGCUCUCGCCGCUAUUUCCCAGGGAUCUCCCAUCCACCCAGAUGGGGUCCAGGUCACUUUUGGGAUCGACAGAGACACAGUGGCGUCAGGCAGAACUCCCACAGCUACAGGGCUGGGCAGAGAAGGGAUUGCUGACACAGCCAAAGAUGAUAAUCAGCAACAUGGAGCCUCAGGUGACAAACGGCCCCAAUGGCACCACGGCCAACGGGCCGUCUUGCAAUAGCCGCAGCUGCCCUUCACCCAUGCAGACUGGAGGCCCUACCGACGAUAGCAAGACCAACCUCAUUGUCAACUACCUGCCCCAGAACAUGACCCAGGAGGAAUUCCGCAGCCUGUUCGGCAGCAUUGGAGAGAUCGAGUCCUGCAAGCUGGUUCGCGACAAGAUCACAGGGCAGAGUCUAGGCUAUGGGUUUGUUAACUACAUCGACCCAAAGGAUGCAGAGAAAGCCAUCAACACAUUAAACGGACUCAGACUUCAAACCAAAACUAUUAAGGUGUCAUAUGCACGACCCAGCUCAGCCUCCAUCCGAGACGCUAACCUGUAUGUGAGUGGUCUGCCCAAGACCAUGACUCAGAAGGACCUGGAGCAGCUCUUCUCCCAGUAUGGACGCAUCAUCACCUCCCGCAUCCUGGUGGACCAGGUCACAGGCCCCACAGGUGGUUCGCGGGGUGUGGGAUUCAUUCGCUUUGAUAAGAGGAUAGAGGCUGAGGAGGCCAUCAAGGGGCUGAAUGGACAGAAACCCUCUGGAGCUGCCGAGCCCAUCACCGUCAAGUUCGCCAACAACCCCAGCCAGAAGACCAGCCAAGCCCUUCUGUCCCAGCUGUACCAGUCCCCCAACCGCCGGUACCCAGGCCCCCUCCACCACCAGGCCCAGAGGUUCAGGCUGGACAAUUUGCUUAAUAUGGCCUAUGGCGUAAAGAGGUUUUCUCCCAUCACCAUUGACAGCAUGACUAGCCUGGUGGGCAUGAACAUCCCUGGCCACACAGGCACUGGCUGGUGCAUCUUUGUCUACAACCUGUCUCCAGACUCUGACGAGAGCGUCCUGUGGCAGCUGUUCGGGCCCUUCGGAGCGGUCAACAAUGUCAAGGUCAUCCGCGACUUCAACACCAACAAGUGCAAGGGCUUCGGCUUCGUCACCAUGACGAACUACGACGAGGCGGCUAUGGCCAUCGCCAGUCUCAAUGGGUACCGGUUGGGCGACCGCGUCUUGCAAGUCUCAUUCAAGACCAACAAGACCCACAAGUCCUGAACCCAUCCUCACUCCAAAUCCCCUGUCACCACCAUCACCCUUAUAGUCGCCCAACACAGCAACUCUCCAACAGGAACACAGCAAACAAACAAACAAAAAAGAACUAGAAACGGCUUAUAAUAUAGCUUUGGACCUAUAAGCCAAUGUUGCCUAAGUAUUACAAAAUGAAAAUAAAAAUAUCCAUGAUUUGGGAAUCCCUGUGAUAAUACAGGAUUCCUGUUGUAUAUCCUUUCUGUUCUUGUGAUUGUUAAAUGAUUUUCUCUUCUAUGUAAACAGUAGCAAAACCAGUCCCCUUAUUUGAAAGAAGAGAAUAUCCUUUUUAGAUUGAACUUUCUUGGUCUUGAUUCAGGAUUUCUUUCUUUUUUAAAUCCGGAUCCACUGUCGUUAGAAUUAUGCCUCCCUGACAGAAGAAGGGAGGGGGCUCUUUUUUAAAUUGGUGACCAUUCAUUCAUUUUUUGUGUAUAUUAAAAACCCCUAUAAAUUCUAAGGGAUUACACAAUCCUGUUAUCUCUGAUGCAGAAAAAAUUUUUUAAAAAAAAAAUGUUUUGUAUUGCAAACAAAACAUGUCUUUCCUCACUGGGGUUUGGGAGAUCGGGAGAGGGAGGGGAUGGGUUAGAAUUCCUGGUGACACGUUAAGUGAUUUAAAAAACACUAUUGCCAAAGAGAAAAUCUCUUUGCUUGAAAAUGCAUUCAGAAAAAUAAAUAAAGAGAAGAAAAUCUAUUUUUAUAAUAUGAUAAUUAAAAUAAGAAUUAUUGAAGAAUUUUUACAAGAAUCUGGAUUUGAAAAAAUAGAAAAAUAUUUUGACUGGCUAAUUAGAGGGUGGGGGGAGGGAUGUGCGCCACCUUGUCUUGUUCGUUCUGCAGUGGUACUUUUUAGGAUCAAAGGUUGUUUGUUUUUAGGAGAAAUUGAUUGGAGAUGAUUUUGUAGAUGGAAAGUUUUGUCAAGGGAUGCAAAUUGAGGCAGGUGAUCUUCGUAAUUUUUCAUAGUGCGUAAUUAUUCAACAGCGAUACCCAAAAGGGAAGGGAAAGAGGUCUUUCAAGGCCUAACCAUCCUCACAGUCCAGAGCCCAAAGCAAGAAGCAUUGUCCACUUGUUUUCUUUUUGUCAGUCUAUGCGAUAUCACUAAUGACUACAUACACAUCUAUCCAUUUAGAAAACCUACAUUAUCUAUUGAUUUCUUUGCUAUCAUUUUGUGGAAUUUGAAAAGAACGUCCUUUAGCGAUCAACAGUAGGUGCUAUAUUACAUGAUUCACGUAUCUUAAAUAUCCAAGUUUGUUGUUCUAUGUGUUGUUUAGAGGAAAAAAAUACUUUGAUGCUGACAUUGAAUUGAGCUGCUGUUCUUUUUUAUUUUUAUUGUUGGCCCCCAUCUGGUUAGAUUAUUCCUUGCUGAAAAACCAGAUGACGGACUUUGGGCCAUGUAAGAAUCACUUAAAGAGUUUUCUUUGGCUUGCUGACUUUUAGGUUACUUGCUGAGUGUGAAGCAUUGUCAAAAUUCUAUAAUAAUUAGCUAGUUCUGUUAGUCUAGAUAUUUGUUUCCUCAAGGGAUCUAUUACAACGGUGUCUUUAUUUGUUGUGUACAAAUAGAUAAUAUAUAGUCUACAUUUGUUUUGCAAAAUCUAUAUCUAUAUGAGUUGUCACUGUUUUUUGUUUUAUCUUGUCUUUUUCAUAUGACAACUUUAUGAAGUGAUGGUUCAGUUAUUUAGAAAACUCGUGAGGAAUCCUGUUUAAUAUGUUGUCAUGUCGCUUGUGGGAAAAAACCUUUUGGAUUACAUUUUUGUUAACUACCGCGGCAAAAGAAAUUGAACAAAAGCUUAUAAAAUAACGUAUUUAUUCAUUAUUUAUUGAUUGUUUCAUUGCUUCAACUAUUUAUUUAUUUAUAUUAAUUAUUUAUUUAUUUUGGUAUUUAUUUGUUCAGUCUGUGUAUUUACGUGAUUCUGGUACAGGGAGGGAGGACGUUUCUGAGCAAAAGGGAACCAAGCGACUAGGGGAGAGGCUCUUCCGUUAGUCCACUGCACUGAGAACUUUUAGUACGUUUGUGCUUUGUACCGAUAUAUCAAAAUUACAAUAUAAAAAAUCCAAAAGUUGAAAACUAAAAAAAAUGUCAAGAGGGUUGGUGACGCUCUUCCCUUAUUACUAGAAACAGUUACUCGCUAUGCAUAACCUAGUUGAUAGUUAAAUUUGCUAUUGCUUUUUUCUUGUCUUGUUAAACAAAAUCUUUAAAUCUUUUUCAAUACAGUUUAGUCUUAAUAGAAUGUUAUAACAGUUGUUCUGGUUCAAUAUAACCUGUGAUAAGUUUGUGUCGUUUUAAAGCCACUCCGCACCCUCCCUCCACACUACCGCUUUGUGAUGAAACUUUAUGCAAAAAUGUGGGUCUGAAGCAUAGUUUUCGGUUUUCAAACAUUUUAUAACAUCCAAUUUUGGAGACUCGGGCACAUGAAUUUGAUGAGCAAAUAAAUGUCCAUUGUAUUUGAGGGUCAUUCAUUGCACUUGAGUAAUCAGUCAACUCACCUUAGAGUCAAACUUAUUUUUAGAGAAUCAUCAUGUUUGAAAGUUACAUAAGAACAUCUCUUUAAAGAGAUCUUGAACAUUGCACACUAACUGUACUUAUGGCAGUUGUUGCAAUUUUAAAAGACUGAAGGUAUUUCAUGGAUUGUACCCAUUCUAUAUUUUAUAUACUAUAAUAUUAUAUAUAUUUUGAAAGGUAAUGGUAGGGAAUGGUUCCAGAAGUACUGAAUUGGAUUUUGUUGAGCCAGGAAACAUGAGUUGUAGGGACAUUAUAAACACUUUGACAUGCAUAUACAUACUCUCUCAUAACCACGUCUUAGGCAGCCCACCUGACAUCAUCCAACCACUAUACGGUUCUGACCUCAGAACACCAACGGACCCCUUUUCAUGCUCCAGAGCUGUUGGGAGCUUGAAUUAUGCAACAACCCCAGUAGAAUGUCGUUCUGAUGUGUGAACAUAUUUCCUAUGUCUUUUGAACUCUUAUGAUGUGUGCCUGUGUUCUGUCUAGACCCACUUGUGCGUCUGUGUGUUCAUGCGUGUGAGUGUGUUUGUGAAAACGUGUGUGUGUGUGUGUGUGUGUGUGUGUGUGUGUGUGUGUGUGUGUGUGUGUGUGUGUGUGUGUGUGUGUGUGUGUGUGUGUGUGUGUGUGUGUGUGUGUGUUUGUAAGGGUGUUUGAAACAUGGGGCUGUGUCACCUCGGUCUAUGUCCAACCCCUAUGGCUCACACCAUCCCCUGUAGCGCCUUAUAGUGGCAGCCUGCCAAUAGGAAAUCAACAGCCAGUAGUGUAGGAGGGAAGGUAAAGAGAGGAACAAGGCUCUUGUCAUUUUUUUAUUUUCUCCUAAAAUGUGUUUGUUUACUAUCUGAAAAUCUAUUAACUAUCUUUAAAGACAAAAAAAUAAGAAAAAAGUUCACAGGGCCUUACUGGUCUCUUUUACUUAUGCUAUCACUUAUCAAUUAUCGAUUAUUGAUUAUUGUUAUUAUUAUUAUUAUUGCUGUUAUUCUUAGUAUUCUUAAUCCAAUUACUGCGAUGAAUGACUUCAUGUUAUCCUUGCUAGUUUAGGUAAUUUCUGAAACUGGAAACAAAAUAAAAAAUCUUGCUGUAAAUGUUUUUUUUUUCUCAUAAAACUGUUGUGUUUGAAUUAUUUGUACUUUUGAAUGUUGGGACAAUAAAAUGAGGUGUUGAAGA